GCUGCUUAAAACUUCUGCGAUUUCUCAUUUCUUCCUCGAAUUUUCGGAUUUUUGCGCUUCUAGUUCUGAAAACUAAAAAGAUUGUUACCCCUGCCUGUGGAUAUUAUUAUUGAAAAAUGCAAUAAAAUUGCAGUUAUCUUACAAUAGGCGAAUCGGCGCAUCCGCGUGUUCAGCAUGUUGACAAAAUUCUGCUACUCUAUCUGUUAUCGAGCUUUCCGUUCUGAAAGUUCUUUUGUCCGGAAUCUCUCCGAAGCCUUCUCCAGCAAUAAAGCAAUUUUAAAUGCAGCUAUUUGCCGUUCGGUUUCGACAUCCGUGGAUCCUGAGCAGACGACACCGCGCCCAUUGAAGCGGAAUAAAACCAAACGAAGCCAUGAGGCCGAAAAUUUUAUCGACUGGCUCGAGGUGAGAGUUGCUGCAGGCCAAGGCGGAGACGGAAUGUGUUCGUUCUUAUCGCUUCCGAUGACAGAAUAUGCGGGACCUGAUGGUGGCGAUGGGGGAAAUGGGGGACAUGUGAUAUUUGAAGCGGACACCAAUUUGAACAGCCUCAAUCAUUUGCGGCUGAAUAUUGCCGCUAAAGCGGGCGAAAAGGGGCGCAGUAAGAACUGUAACGGUCGUAAUGCCGACCAUUUGAUCGUAAAAGUGCCAGUUGGAACUUUUUUUCGUGAUACGAAUGGAACUAUUUUGACGGAGCUGAAGCAGAAUGAGGCUAAAUUCUUAGCCGCCCGCGGUGGAGCCGGUGGUAAAGGGAACGCUUUCUUCCUGAGUAACGAAGUACGGGCGCCUGUUGUGCGCGAAGUGGGUGGUAUGGGAGAAGUGAAGAAAUUAACCGUGGAAAUGAGAGUUAUCGCCCAUGCCGGUCUGGUGGGAUUUCCUAACGCGGGCAAAUCGACAUUACUAAGUGCACUGAGUCGAGCCAGACCUAAAGUCGCAAGCUAUCCCUUUACUACCCUACAUGCCCACGUCGGAAUCAUUGAGUACGAAGACCGCACAAGUCUGGCGAUCGCUGACCUCCCGGGUAUUAUUCCCGAUGCUCACAAGAAUCGCGGUCUGGGCUUAGAGUUUCUACGGCACAUCGAGCGCUGUGUAUGUCUCAUGUACGUCAUUGAUCUGUCCCAGCCGGAGCCCUGGCUGCAGUUGGAACAUCUCCGUUACGAACUUGACAUGUACAGUCCAGGACUGGCCGAUCGACCUUGUGCUAUUGUCGGGAAUAAGAUCGAUCUCCCUGAAGCUCAGGCAAAUUUAUCCGAACUGCAGUCCAGAGUCGACCUUCCGGUGUUCCCUAUUUCCGCGAAGAAAGGCAUUAAUGUCACAUCCUUGUUGAUCCAUUUCAGGAAACUGUAUGACGAACAUCACAAAGAUAUCACGACGGAAAACGUAGAAAAAGAUAGUGAACAGUCGAACGACAAUAAAGUGAUCCUUUGAAAUUAUGUUCAGUUCAGCCUUGAAAACUUUUUGUUAUUCCGUCUCCAUUAGAAUCGCUUUUGAUCGGAAUAAACAACUCAAUGCAGCCAUUGGACAAGCAGAGGGCUU